GGAGAUAAAUCGGGAAUCUACCCGGCCUCUGAAUCUGAAACGUAUUUCGCAUCCCUAGUAUACUGUAUGAAUUAAUCAACAUGUGGUUCAUGUACCUAUUAAGCUGGAUUGCACUAAUUAUACAGAUAUGUGUAAUAACUUUAUCCGUGGCGGCUGGGUUGUUUUACCUGGCAGAAAUUGUAGAAGAAUACACAGUACUUACAGCAAGAAUUAUAAAAUAUAUGUUGAUAGGCACCACUGUGAUAUUUAUUGGUCUUUUGUUGUUUGAGGAUUUGCCCCUGUACAUGAUCGUCGUAGGUUUGGUUGGUAACAUCGCCUACUUCUUUGUUCUACAAACUUUCCCAUACUUUGAACUCAUGUCUCCAUCAUUUCUUAUGUCCAUUGAAGUAUACAGUAGAGGAAAUAGUGGAAACACAAAAUAAAUGUAUCAUGGUAUC